AAUCAGCCGAGAAGUUGUUCCAGUUCAUCUAUACCGCUCUUUACACCGUUCGGUUUUUAAACGACUAAAAGGGUGUCCCACAAUUCUCUGCUUAGUCCGAGUUACGCGAUAACAUGGCCCUGGCGGCACACUAUGGGAUCCUGGCCGACAAAGCCUUGUCAAAAGCAGAAAACGAAGUACUGGUGAUGGCGCAUACUGGAUCGAGUGAUGGCACUUCCAUCGUGGAGAGCUCUACAUCGAGACAUGGACAUCCGUCAGCUUUACAGCGCUCAUUUAUCAAGCCUCCGCUAUAAUGCUAGCCAACGUCCUUCUAAGCGCAUACUUCGGGAGCUCUGUCUCUUAGAAGAGGAAACGGAAGUUAUCGGCUCCAUCUUCUCGCAGCAGAAUAAUGCAUUGAAAACGCUCCGUGAAGUUCUUGAUAACAGUAGUUACCGGAUUACGGAUCGCGUACGCAUAAAUGCCUUCGAGCGCAUUGAGGAGCCGCUCUUCGAGGGAAUGGCGGCGGCUUAUUGCGAUACUAAGAAAGCGAUCAAACAGCUUCAGGAUCAAAUUCAUAAAGCUACUCAGGUCCUUCGAUAUAACAUCGAAAUCGCCGAAGAGGGGAGCUCCAAGGCUAUCAUGGCCUUCACCUUGGUCACGCUCGUCUUUCUCCCGCUUUCCUUUGUUGCCAGUCUCCUUGGGAUGAGCGCGGCCGACAUAAGAAGCAUGAAGAAUACGCAGCUAUUAUUCUGGGAGAUUGCGCUCCCGUUAACCGCCGUCAUUGGAAGUGUUUGUCUUCUCGUUGCUUAUAGAGGAGCGGAACUCGGCGAGCGAAUUGGGGAGCUCCGUGAAACCAUGCGAAAAGGCAGAUCUAGGAGGAGCGAAAUGGCCCUCGCGCCUACACAGUCAAGGAGACGGACCGAAGAGGAUGCUGAUGGCACUAUGAGCAACCCGCUUAAGGCGCCCAGUACCUUGAAGCGACGCAAGACAGCGGGAUGAAAAUUCAUGAUCCCGACAAAAGCCCUGCAGCGAUUGUUACACAGAAAGACGCCCAAAGUUCGUCUUAAGAACACACAGGUCAACUGAAAGCAAAUCAGCUCCAGGCCUAUUUAGAGGCUUCUUCUGCAGCCAGCACGACGUCAUCUCGCCGCCAUCAUUCACUUACCAAAUCCAAAUUUCGUAGUAGUCCCACUUGAAAGCACGUCGAAAAUGUUUGAGAACUAACCUUUUCUCAUCCGUCAUUCUUCAGAU